GAAUGGAUCUUCCGCCUCCAGAGAAACGCCCCAGGAAAUCCUUCAGCUUAGGGGACAACGAUGAAAUCCUCGGAAUCCGGGCCAUCUUGUCGGAUGAAUUUUUGCAGGAAAUACCGCUUAUCCAGGCCCACAGUUGCCAACUGGAAACGAAACAGCAACUGCAGGCUGUUAUCCAGGAACUCUCCCAGAAGCUGCCCCACUUCCAGCACCUAAAACGGGUUCAGGAUCGCGAUGUUCUCAUUUGUCCCAGCUCGGAGAUCGAUGCCUCAGAGACCCUGGAGCAGUACCUGGAGCGCUUCGCCUUCUCGGAGCACGUGCUCCAUGCCCUGUGCCAGGGUAACAAACUGGUAAAGGUACCUGAGCGGAUGCCCCGCCUCCGCGUGCAAUAUGAAAAGACCCAGCAGCACUGGCCCUGCAAGUUCCACCCAAACCACUACUCGGAAUCGCUUCGAAAUGGCACAAACUUCACAGCGAGUCAGCGCAUCUUCCACAAGCGCAUGGCCCAGCUGCUGGUUAAGCUAUCUAGAAACCUGAAUGCCGGUCGACCGGUGGGCAUCUGUGUUGACCCGCGAACUCCCAGCAUAGUGGCCAUCGCCGGUUCUGGCGAAGCACAGAGCCCACAUGAGCACUGCAGCAUGCUUCUUGUAGAUUUUGUGGCACGCAGUCAGCAAGGUGGAGCGAUGGAUACAAAUCUAAGCUUUGCCGAAGACCUAACCAGUAGCGAAGCUAUUCUUAGCGGACUGCCCAAAAGCUACUACGAUUAUCUGACGAAGAACGACGAUUAUAAGGACCUGAAUUUUGGAGCAGAGAAAUCUCGGCGUAACGAAAAGAUGGAGGAAGUUCAAGGAGACGACAAUCUGUCCAAGUUCGGACCAUAUCUCUGCACUGGCUACGAUGUUUAUCUCCUGCAAGAGCCCUGUCUGAUGUGCUCAAUGGCUUUGGUUCACAGCAGAGCGAAGAGAGUCUUCUUCCUGCGGCCGUCCGACAACGGGGCUCUAGCCACCCGCUUCCAGCUUCACUCUGUAAAGGAGCUCAACCACCACUUCGAGGUGUUCCAGUUUACCACAAACGAGGAUGACUUGACGUAA